AGCGCUGAACCUCGGAAAACUGAUUUCAUCGACGCCAUGGAUUCUCUUCUCUCAGAUCUCAUCAACCUCGACCUCUCCGGCUCCACUGACAAACUCAUCGCCGAGUACAUCUGGAUCGGUGGAUCUGGGAUGGACAUCAGAAGCAAAGCCAGGACUCUACACGGGCCAGUAAGUGACCCAUCAAAGCUACCCAAAUGGAACUACGACGGUUCCAGCACCGGUCAGGCCACCGGAGAUGACAGUGAAGUCAUUCUAUACCCUCAGGCCAUCUUUCGGGACCCAUUCAGGAGGGGCAACAACAUUCUGGUGAUGUGUGAUGCUUACACACCGACCGGAGAACCCCUUCCGACCAACAAGAGGCACAAAGCCGCUAAGAUCUUCAGCCACCCUGACGUCGUGGCGGAAGAGCCUUGGUAUGGGAUUGAGCAAGAGUACACAUUGUUGCAAAAGGACGUGAAAUGGCCAUUAGGAUGGCCUGUUGGUGGUUACCCUGGCCCUCAGGGACCAUACUACUGUGGUGUGGGAGCAGACAAGGCCCUUGGUCGGGACAUUGUGAAUGCCCACUACAAAGCUUGUCUCUACGCUGGAAUCAGCGUUAGUGGCGUCAAUGGAGAAGUGAUGCCUGGCCAGUGGGAAUUCCAAGUCGGUCCUGUCGUUGGUAUCGGUGCUGGAGAUCAGUUAUGGGUGGCUCGUUACAUUCUUGAGAGGAUCGCCGAGAUUGCCGGGGUAGUUGUCUCAUUCGACCCCAAACCGAUCCAGGGUGACUGGAAUGGAGCCGGUGCUCACACAAACUACAGUACGAAGUCGAUGAGGGAAGAGGGAGGAAUAGAGGUGAUAAAGAAGGCGAUAGAGAAGCUUGAGAAGAGGCACAAAGAGCACAUAGCAGCAUACGGAGACGGGAACGAGAGACGUCUAACGGGGAAGCAUGAAACAGCGGACAUCAACACGUUCUCAUGGGGGGUGGCGAACAGAGGAGCGUCGGUGAGAGUGGGAAGAGACACGGAGAAAGAGGGGAAAGGGUACUUCGAGGACAGGAGGCCUGCCUCCAACAUGGAUCCUUACGUCGUCUCCUCCAUGAUCGCAGAGACCACCAUCCUCUCCCAUCAGUAAUCGAAUCCUUCACUUCUAUCGAACUCCUUUCCAUUGUGUGAAUCAUCGUGGGCCUUCUUCUUUCAUGUUUUUCUUCCCGUCGCUAGCAUCUGUCACUAUCCACAUGAACGUGAUCCAUCCGUUUGUUCUAUCCACGUGUAGAUUCUGCAUGGCGAUUCUGUAGUAUUAGAAAACCAACGAAAAGCCAUGUCCCGGGCCAUAAUAUCAUGCACUCUCUUUGAAAAUGUCGUGUCUUUUACUGUCUUCAUACA